UUAGUGAUUAGUGAAAUAUCUGUACAUCAUUUUUCACGCUUCGACAACUUAAUUCGAGUUUGAAGCGGCCUCAACGAAAUUCUAUCGAUUUCAACUAGAUGUAUCCAAGUUUAACUUAAGGAAUCACGUCUUGUAGCUGCAACACAAUCAUCAAGACUUACUUUAUCUGACAACAUGUCGGUUCCAACAACCGACAGCAAUGAAGCCAUCACAAACUCUGGCUACGGAAGCAGCGACGAGACGGCCAGCCUCCUCGUCUCCGGUCCCUCAGUCACCGUCAUCGUCCCCUCCGAGAACAGAUCCGCCAAGCCCGUUCUGCAGCGGCAAGACUGCACCACACAUCUGCGACCACAGCUCUCCGGCGGCCCUGGCAGCGAGGAAUCCGGGACAUCCCUCAGAAUGGAAGAAGGAGCCGCCAGAAGCGUGCCAGACAUAGAACUUCAAUGCAGGGACCAAGGCUCAGACCGCCCGCAGACACUCGUGUCUCCCAUAGCAACCUGCUCGCAUCGGGGGUCGGUGACCGCCUGCCAGUUAGUGCCGCACGCGUACGCUAGAUGUCGCGUUUGCGAGCGGAGGCAAUCUACAGCGCCUAUGUCAGCGUUGCAGCUAGCGCGAUCUGUGUCGCGGGAAAGCGUUCGCUCGGGGCUACACUACCCUUGCGGUUGCAACACGCUUCACGCUGUCAGCACUUGUCCGGUCAUACAUCCGCCAGCCUUAUUGAUACCAGCGACAAGUACGAGAAUCAUUCGGCAGAGCUCCCAGCCUGAGUCUAGCGCAUGCGCGGCUCACUGUCCUCACCACGCCCACCACCACCCCAGCGCCUCGCUGCGGCAGCUGAGGGAACCCGGUGACGGCAUAGCCGGCAUCGCAGCCGACUCGCUCCGAAUCAACGGAGGGAUGCGACCCUUCAAACAGCUGCGGAAGCCGGUGUCGACGCUCUCGAUCCCCGGCGCGAUGAAGGCGUACUCCGGCGGGCGGGACGCGUCCACCGAGGAGGCUGGGGUGGCGCUGGUCGGAGUCCACAGCGAGUACCCUCGCUUCGGCGAGGAGCGGGCACUCGGCGGCGGCACCUACAAGGGAGGGGGGGCGGCUAAGCACAAACCUAACAUAGGAUAUAGAUUAGGUAGACGAAAGGCGUUAUUCGAAAAGCGAAAACGAAUAAGUGACUACGCACUAGUGAUGGGAAUGUUCGGUAUUAUAAUUAUGGUUAUAGAAAAUGAACUCUCAAGUGCCGGUGUUUAUACAAAGGCAUCAAUAUAUUCGCAGGCGUUAAAGACGCUUAUAUCAAUGUCAACUGUGAUCUUACUUGGCCUAAUCGUCGCGUAUCAUGCUUUAGAAGUACAGUUAUUUAUGAUAGACAACUGCGCUGACGACUGGCGAAUAGCAAUGACGUGGCAGCGGAUAGCGCAGAUUGCACUAGAACUCGCCAUUUGUGCCGUCCACCCGAUCCCUGGCCAGUACACCUUCACUUGGACUACGAAGCUGGCCAACAAAGGAGGCGUUAUAGGCGUUGAAGUUGGCACAAUGUAUAAGCAAAUUCAGGUACCGUAUGACGUCACACUGUCACUGCCUAUGUUCUUUCGGCUAUAUCUAAUAUGCAGGGUUAUGCUUCUUCAUAGUAAAUUAUUUACGGAUGCUUCGUCGCGAAGUAUAGGAGCCUUAAACAGAAUUAAUUUUAACACAAGGUUUGUCUUGAAGACACUUAUGACCAUAUGCCCCGGAACGGUGUUACUAGUUUUUAUGGUUUCCUUAUGGAUAAUUGCGAGCUGGACGUUAAGACAAUGUGAAAGGUUCCAUGAUGAAGACCAUGCCAAUUUGCUAAACUCAAUGUGGCUGACUGCUAUUACGUUCCUCUGUGUGGGGUACGGCGACAUUGUGCCCAACACGUACUGCGGUCGCGGCAUUACCCUCACCUGCGGUAUGGUGGGAGCUGGAUGCACAGCGUUAUUAGUCGCGGUUGUUUCAAGAAAAUUAGAAUUAACUAGAGCUGAGAAGCACGUUCAUAACUUCAUGAUGGACACACAACUUACUAAAAGAUUAAAAAAUGCAGCCGCCAACGUGCUCCGAGAAACGUGGUUAAUAUACAAACAUACAAGACUGGUCAAAAGAGUUCACCCAGGUCGAGUCCGGACUCACCAGAGGAAGUUUUUAUUAGCCAUAUAUGCAUUACGAAAAGUAAAAAUGGAUCAAAGAAAGUUAAUGGACAAUGCCAAUACAAUAACAGAUAUGGCAAAGACACAAAAUACUGUUUAUGAGAUAGUAUCAGAUAUGAGCACCAGACAAGAUACUAUAGAAGAGCGAUUAACAAGUUUAGAAGAAAAGCUUACAACGUUACAGGAACAAGUAAACAGCUUACCAGAUGUGGUGGCCAGGUGCUUGCAGCAGUGCUGGGAGCGGGCAGAGUCUCGCAGAAACUACCUGCAUCCAGACACUGCUGCGGCACCUACUCCACCAGCUAGUGUUAUCACCCCUCAUGCCAGAACAUUAACAACAGCAUCACACCCUUGGCCACCGAGCCCCAUCCUACCCGGGGUCAGGACCCAUUCAGCCCCGGAGAGCACUGUCGCCCACUCCCCCGCUCCGACCAGCCCCGCGACCCACGCAGCUCGGCCUCCCCUACCCAGCUGAGUACCGCCUUCCAACUCCGAACUGUUGUGCUGAACUCGUCAAAACUCGGCGCCCCUCCUCUGACCCCCCUUGAUAUAACUACGACCAGAUGAUGGCGAAAGAAAGAUAUCUGUAGACCUUGAAAUUAGGACACAUUUUGAUAUUGUGCUUCUUUAAUUCUAUAUAAAUCAUGUGGUGCUACCUUAUCCUCUUCCGUCUGUUUUUGACAACCAAGCACAUGAAAUUUUUACUUCCUAGUGAUCUGAAUUUUAUCAAAGACAAGUGAACAAGUAAACCAAUAGUAGAAACUGGCAGAUGCUGCACAUGAUCUCAAACACACCAAGAAAUUUUAAUAAUCUUAUGAUGGAAGAUUUUUGGGGUCUAUUGACAUGAUUCUUUCGCCAGUGGACCACGCCUCGGAGCGAGAAAAGGUCAGCCGUAGUUUUCCGCUGUUCCCAAAAAGUUUCGGAUGUGUGGGACUGUUUUUUAAUAGGUAUUGCUUAGAUAGUGAAAAGAAAUUAGCCAGAAAGGACUUGCUGUUGUGAUUAUACAAAAAUGCUUUAUCGAUACGCGCUUUAGAGUACGUUAGAAUAUAUUUUGAAUACAUUAUCAAGAUAGAUAUAGGAUAGUUUGUCAAACACGUCUGUUCACGUUUUACCCUAUGUUUCAAGAACCAAUUCCACACUGUAUUGACUGCAUCUAUUUUUUGUAAAUAGGUUAAGUAUAACAAAGAACCAGGCUUGCAAGUUUUUCAACUAUUUAAUUUCCAUUGUAAAAACAAGUACCUACCUACGUUGAAAAUAUUUCUGUUUUUUUUUUUGAAAUACAAAACAGCUUAUUCUGAUUGCUUAUUCUUACGAUCAAACAGCUUAUUCUGAUUGUUUUAAUUUGAAAGACUAAUACUCUGCUCUGUAUAUUAUGAUGAACAUGAUUAGUAUCACUAUCACUGAAAAAUCUAAUCUAACCUUGGUUAAAAUUAUAGUAAGCAAUCAGAAUAAAGAACUUCAUUGACUAGUUUAAAUAACUUAUUUUUAUCGUUGAGUUUGUUUUAAAAAUUAAUUAUAAUUACUUAAAAAUUGAGUAAAAAUUUAACCGCCAGUCGAAAUUG